AUGUUUUUUAAUAUUAAAAUAGAAGAGAACGGUGUUUUUAUCAUUGAAUUUUGCAUAUGGCAUAAAAACAGGACAAUGUUGAAAGUGGAUCCAUUGAGAUUAGUUGGUCGAGUAUUCCCUAUUGUUCGCUGGUCGAGGACUUAUGACUUGCGGACAGGGAUCGGUGAUUUGAUAGCUGGAAUCACUGUUGCGCUUACUCUGGUACCACAGUCUAUUGCCUAUGCGUCACUUGCAGGAUUUGAACCGCAGUAUGGACUUUACGCGUCUUUUGUGGGCGGUUUUGUUUACGCGUUAAUGGGAACUUGUCCACAAAUCAACAUUGGUCCCACUGCGUUACUAUCGCUCCUUACUUUUACUUAUACGAAUGGAACCAAUCCUGAUUAUGCGGUGUUAUUAUGUUUCGUUGGUGGAAUCAUUCAACUGAUUGCUGGCAUCGUACAACUUGGUUUUCUCGUAGAAUUUGUGUCAUUGCCGGUGGUAUCUGGUUUUACAUCUGCCGCUGCUAUUACUAUCGCGUCAUCACAAAUUAAAGGUCUUUUAGGCCUAAGGUUCAAUGCUGAGACUUUUACAUCGACUUGGCGAGGUGUGUUUCAUAAUAUAGGAAGAACGAGGAUGGAAGAUAGCCUCCUUGGGUUAUCUUGCUGCAUAGUUCUAAUGGGGAUGAAGGCUUUAAAGGAUUUUCAAUUCAAAAGCAAGGACGAGACAGAUCGACGCACUGUUAUAUUACGACGGAGUUUUUGGUUCGCCGGCGUGUCAAGGAACGCUGUUGUUGUGGUCAUCGCAUCUGUGAUUGCAUUCUUCGUACACGAAGAUAAGGAUGCUCCUUUACUACUUACUGGUAACAUAACACCAGGUAUACCUAAACCUCAACUGCCGCCAUUUUACUCAAUAGUUGGUAAUACAACGGUGUACGCGGGGGAAAUGUUCGCUCAUCUCGGCUCUGGCCUGCUCGUCGUGCCAUUAGUCGGUGUGAUAUCCAACGUUGCUAUUGCGAAAGCGUUCUCGAAAGGCAAAACGUUGGACGCCACUCAAGAGAUAGUGGCUUUGGGCGCUUGCAACAUUAUAGGCGCUUUAUUUCAUUCGUUUCCAGUAAACGGAUCAUUUACUAGAAGCGCUGUAAGCGACGCUUCUGGCGUGAACACGCCAGCCGCAGGCUUUUAUACAGGUAUAAUAGUAUUACUCACACUGGGGCUGCUGACACCAUACUUUUACUUUAUCCCGCGCGCUGCGCUUGCCGCUGUCAUAGUCUGCGCGGUUUUACAUAUGGUGGAUAUUGCGAUAUUGAAGAGAUUAUGGAAAACCAAUAGGUUAGAUUUGAUCCCGCUUGUGGGUACAUUUGUGUGCUGCCUCGCGUUGGGAAUAGAGUUGGGGCUGGGUUGUGGAGUCGCCAUCGACGUGCUAUUGUUACUCUUCUACCAGUCGCGACCGUCGCUGGAUAUAAGAUAUGUUGAUAACGGUUUUCUUCCGCCUCAUUAUUCCGUACACCCAAUCGGUGGAUUUCACUUUGCAAGUGCUGAAAAAGUCCGAUCUAGAUUGAUUUCCCUGAAACAUACAAAAAAAGUGCCGAAUACAGAUGUGAGAUUGGAAAAUCUGACUAUCAUACCAGAUGGUAUUAGCAAUGGUGCGGUCGAACCGAGACGAGCCGCCAACGUGCUAGUGGUGCAUUGCGACGCGCUUUGCAGAUUGGACUAUACUUUUUUACAGAGUUUAAAAAUGUUAGUUCAAGAAUGGUCACGCAAUGGCCGUGUGGUGUGGUGCGAUGCUAAUUCGUUAAUUAAGGAAAAAUUGAAUAGUGUUCUACCAGAACCCUUGUACUGUGAUAAUAGUAACUUGAGAGUAUACUUGUUAGAAAUAACAAUGCCGACACAAACGGGUAAUGCUAGUGAUACAAGACUA